GCAGAGCGGCGGCUCGUCUCCGCGGCAACGGCGCCGCCGGGCUACUUCCGGGGACGUUACGUCACGGCGGGAGACCGGAAGUGGGUCGUACUUCCGCCGGGGAGAAAGGCAGCAAGAUGUCGGACAACGAGGACAACUUUGACGGCGAUGAUUUCGACGAUGUGGAGGAGGACGAGGGGCUGGAUGACCUGGAGAACGUGGAGGAGGAGGGACAGGAGAACGUGGAGAUCCUCCCUUCUGGAGAGCGACAGGCAGCAAACCAGAAACGCAUCACCACCCCCUACAUGACCAAGUAUGAACGAGCCAGGGUUCUGGGCACUCGUGCCCUCCAAAUAGCGAUGUGUGCCCCUGUGAUGGUGGAGUUGGAAGGAGAGACAGACCCCUUGCUGAUUGCCAUGAAAGAACUCAAAGCACGCAAGAUUCCCAUCAUCAUCCGUCGUUACCUGCCUGAUGGGAGCUACGAGGACUGGGGUGUGGAUGAGCUCAUUAUCACAGACUGAUCAGCCUCCGGCUGUUGUUUUUGAUUCUUUUCUUCUCCAGCAGAUGUUUCUAUUUUUGUUUAUAUUUGUAUAAAUAAAUUAUAAAUUCUUUCUUCUGUACACCA